CCUGAAACUGCAUUGAUCAUGGAGAAGCUGCAGGAAUUGAGUCUCAUCUCCAAGGUAUGCUCAGAGCUGGAGAGUCACCUGGGCAUGAGUGAUCGGACACUGGCAGAAUUCAUCAUCCACAUGGCGCGGGAGUCGGCCGACGGCAAGAAGUUCCAUGCCACGAUGACAGAAAACGGCGCCGAAGUGCCGAUCAAGUUUGCGCUCCAUCUGCAUCAGUUGAUCCACGCCAUGAGCAAGAAAACCAAAGCGGCCAAGUCGUUCGCCGUGCCCGACAAGAACAAUCCGUUUCCAGGUCUUGCCCGCCCCAACACGAAACCCAUCAACGAGGAAGAGAUCGACGUCGACGACAUCCCGGGGUUGCACGCCGACGACAAAGCAAAGCCGUCUUCUUCGUCCAGCCGUCGACGCGACGACGACAACGAGCGAGGUCAUUCUCGACGGGGAUCGCCGCCGCCCCGUCGUUCCCAUUACUCGUCCCGGCGCAGUCGGUCACCGGAUAGUCGCCGCGAUUCCAAAUACGGCGGUCGCCGUCGCUCGCGGUCGCGGUCUCCUCCUCCCCGUGGCGGCAACCCCAACGGCCCGAUCGAGAUGCACGGCAUUUACCGCGGCCGCGUCGCCAAGAUCAUGGACUUUGGUGUGUUUGUCGAACUCGAACACCGCGACAAGCACGAAGGGUUGGUGCAUGUCAAGAACCUCACCGACAAGGUGCGCAUCACCAACGUCCGCGACUUUGUACGGCGCGGGGACCGCGUCUGGGUCAAAGUGAUCAGCCAAGCCGGGUCCAAGCUCCUCUUGUCCAUGAAAGACGUGGAUCAAUCAUGCGGCCGCGACUUGCUUCCCCAGCGCGGCUCGUCCGACACCGCGACGCCGCGGGACUCACAGUCAUGGGUCAACGCGUCCGCCCCGGGCAUGCAGCAGCGGGCGAUGGACGCGUACGCCAACGAAAAGCCGCGCGCGGCCAAGCGCUUGUCGUCGCCGGAACGAUGGGAGAUCCAACAACUCAUCAAUUCGGGCGUGUUGCCCAUCUCCGAGUACCCGACAUUCGACCAAGAUCAAGGCGGCGGCGGCGGCGGGAUGCUUGACAUUGAAGAAACCGAAGAAGAGUUUGAAAUCGAGCUCAACGAAGACGAGCCACUUUUCCUCCGGGGCCAAACCAAGGCCAGCCUCGAGCUAUCGCCAGUGAAAAUUGUGAAAAACCCCGAUGGCUCCAUGUCUCGCGCCGCCAUGACGCAGUCCACGCUAGCUAAAGAACGGCGGGAGAUGCGGCAAACCCAGGCCAACCAACUGCUCGAUUCGAUCCCCAAGGAUUUGAACCGCCCGUGGGAGGACCCGAUGCCCGAGGCUGGCGAACGCCAUUUUGCCGCCGAGUUGCGCGGCAUGCACAUGGGCGGUACGAAUGCGAUGGCGGACGUACCUGAAUGGAAGGAGAAGACGCAGGGCAAGUCGUCGCUCAGCUACGGCCACGUGUCGUCUAAAUCGAUGGUGGAGCAGCGGCAGUCCCUUCCCGUGUUCAAGCUCAAGCGACAGCUCAUGGAAGCGAUUCUGCACAACCAGGUGCUGGUGGUGAUUGGCGAAACCGGAUCCGGAAAAACCACCCAGAUGACCCAAUACAUGGCCGAGAUGGGGCUCACCGCGCACGGCAUCAUCGGGUGCACGCAGCCGCGGCGGGUAGCCGCGUCGUCCGUGGCCAAGCGAGUGGCAGAAGAGUUUGGGUGUGCGUUAGGCCAAGAAGUAGGGUACUCUGUUCGAUUUGAAGACGUCACAUCCCCCGACACGGUCAUCAAGUACAUGACCGAAGGUAUGCUCAUGCGCGAGUACUUGGCCGACAAUAGGUUAAGUCGAUACUCUGCGAUCAUCCUUGACGAAGCCCAUGAGCGCGGGAUCAACACGGACAUUCUGUUUGGGCUGCUCAAGGCAUUGCUCCCCACGCGGCCAGAGCUCAAGAUCGUCGUGACGAGCGCUACAUUAGACGCUGAAAAGUUCUCCAAGUACUUUUUGGAGUGCCCGAUCUUUACGAUACCUGGGCGGACGUUCCCCGUCGAGAUUUUGUACACCAAGGAACCUGAGGCCGACUACUUGGACGCUGCGCUGAUCACUGUGAUGCAAAUCCACUUGUCUGAACCUGAAGGCGACAUCCUUGUGUUCCUCACGGGCCAGGAAGAGAUUGAUACUGCAUGCGAAGUGUUAUACCAACGGAUCAAGGCACUUGGCGCGCUCGCGCCCGAACUCAUCAUCCUCCCCGUCUAUGGCGCGCUGCCGUCCGAGAUGCAGACGCGUAUCUUUGAGCCUGCGCCCAAGGGUAGCCGCAAAUGUGUCGUAGCUACCAACAUCGCCGAGGCUUCGCUGACCAUCGACGGGGUCUACUACGUCGUGGACCCAGGGUUCUGCAAAGAAAAAGCUUUCAACGCUAAAGUCGGCAUGGACUCGCUGAUCGUGGUGCCGUGCUCGCAAGCCAGUGCGCGGCAACGAGCUGGCCGCGCCGGCCGCACCGGGCCAGGGAAAUGCUACCGCCUGUACACGGAAAACGCGUACAAGAACGAAAUGCUGCCGACGGCCGUGCCGGAGAUCCAGCGAUCAAACCUUGGCAUGGUCGUGCUACAGUUGAAAGCGAUGGGGAUCAACGACCUGAUGGGGUUCGACUUUCUGGACCCGCCGCCCGUUCCCGCGAUGGUCAGCGCCAUGGAAAACCUGUACGCGCUCGGCGCCCUCGACGACGAAGGACUCCUCACGCGGCUCGGAAAGAAGAUGGCUGAGUUCCCCAUGGAACCGCAGAUGGGCAAAGUGCUGCUCACGAGCGUCGUGCUGGGGUGCGCCGACGAGAUCCUCACGAUUUUGAGCAUGCUCUCAGUGGAAAACAUUUACUUUCGACCCAAGGACAAGCAGGCGGCGGCCGACUCGAAAAAAGCCAAGUUCCACCAACCUGAAGGCGACCAGUUGACACUCCUUGCCGUGUACGAUGCAUGGAAGCACGCCAAGUUUAGCAACCCAUGGUGCUACGAAAACUAUAUCCAGGCCCGCGCCAUUCGCCGCGCGCAGGACGUGCGCAAGCAGCUGCUGUCGAUCCUAGAUCGAUUCAAGAUGCCAGUUGUGAGCGCGGGCAAGAAUUAUAACAAGAUUCGACGAGCGAUAGUAUCGGGGUACUUUGCCAACACGGCCAAGAAGGAUCCCCAGGAAGGGUACCGCACUAUGGUUGAAGGCCAGCCCGUGUACAUUCACCCGGCGUCGGCGCUGUUCAAUAAGAACCCAGAGUGGGUCAUCUACCAGGAACUGGUGCUCACGACCAAAGAAUACAUGCGCAACGUGAUGGCGAUUGAGCCGAAAUGGCUCGUGGAACUCGCGCCCGCGUUCUUUAAAAAGGGCGACCCGACCAAACUCACCAAGCAGAAAAAAGCGCAAAAGAUUGAACCCCUCCACGACAGAUUCAACCCCCCCGACUCGUGGCGACUCAGCAAGCGCCGCGGGUAACCAUCGUGUAGCUAGCCUACGAACCACGGUUGUUGUAGUUCUAUAGUAAUACUAGUAACCGAGAUUUUCCGUGUGGGCU